AUGUGUGAAAAGCGGAUAUUUGAGGCUAUGACCCAUUCCCGGCGCCCCUUUCUUUUGAACCUCUACGCCUGUUUCCGGACACCGCAGCACGUCUGUUUUGUAAUGGAGUGCGCAGCUGGCGGAGACCUCAUGACGCAUAUCCGCACAGAUGUAUUCCCUGAGCCUCAUGCUCCGUUUUACGCUGCUUCUGUUGACCUGGGGCUGCAGUUUCUUUAUGAUCAUAACAUUGUAUACAGGGACCAGAAGUUGGAUGACUUACUGCUAGACACAGAAGGUUUUGUCAAGAUAGCGGACUUCGGCCUCUGUAAAGAAGGGAUGGGCUCUGCUGACCGCACCAGCACAUUCUGUGGGACACCAGAGUUUUUGGCUCCUGAAGGUCUGACCGACACAUCGUACACACAAGCAGCGGACUGGCGGGGCCUCGGUGUGCUCAUUCACGAAAUGCUCGUAGGGGAGUCAUGGUUCUGUGGAAAAGGACAAGCAUAA